AUGAGCUUGGAGCCUGCACGGCGUAAGCAGAACAUAGCAUGUCUAACAUGCAAACGGCGGAAAGUCCGUUGCGAUUUGGUUCUGCUGACAGAGCUUCCGUGCACGCCAUGCCGACGAGGAGAGUUGCAAUGCGUCCCGAACGACAAAGGCCCUAGCAGUAAUCGCCCAUCCACUCCAAGGCGUAGGAAUUCGAAGUUGUCGAUAUCGAAGGUGACAAAUGGCGCAAUUGAUCGUGUCUUGCCAUCCGAGAUAGCUCCUACAAGGACGCCCACGCCGGAGCGCUCUCCUGCCCAGACGAAGAAGCCCGAGACGACUACCAGCCUUUCCAACUUCCUGGAGCAAGGCAUCAAGACCUCGAACUGGAAGUUGUUCUCGGGAACGGAUCCUACGCGCAUAGUUUACGUCGGAACUCCAAUCGGUAAUUUGGCUGCACUGGUGGGCAAUGAAGAUCCUGCCAACAGUGUGACGAGGCAUUACCCAUUUCCAGCUAACAAGCCACCACUUCCAUGGAAGCCAAAGCCAGGCAGUCUACCGUUCGCUAUAAGUCCUGAGCUUCUGCAGGAUGUCGGCAGCGUUCCCACUCAAGAGGUUCGCGAUGCUCUUGUGAAUGCGUACUUCGCACACAUCAACCCAGGCUUUCCAAUCAUCAAUGAGCCUCAUUUCAGGAGCCAAUACGCCAGUCCAAAGAACCCACCACCUUUGAUACUUUUGCAAUGCGUUCUACUUGCUGGAGCACAUGUCUCAACACAUCCUCUGGUGGCAGCAGCUCGUCCUACUGUGAAGAACACUCUCUAUCGCCGUGCGCUCGAGCUCUUCCACCUGCGAUAUGAGAAUGACCGUCUCUAUCUCGUCCAGGCAGCCCUACUGUUCACCUGGCACCAAGAGAACGCGGACGAAGUGUCUUGUAACACAUGGAUGUGGACAGGCAUUGCCAGCCGGAUCGCUUUCGGUCUCGGAGCCAACCGAGAUCUCUCCCCACAUGCCUCAGUUCCUAUGCCGAUAUGGGAUCGCCGGCGAUAUCGAUUUGCCUGGUGGACACUUUUCGUGACCGAGGCGUUCGCUGCACUGCAUUACGGGCGUGCCUGCACAAUCCGGUGGGAGGACUUCGACGUGCCGGAUCUCAUUACCGAGGACUAUCGGGACCACGAAGAGAAUCCUGACCCUACAAUCCGGCGGGACUGCUUCGAAUUGAACGUUGCCUUGGCGUACAUCGCACAGGACGCGAUGCGAUUGUUCGCUCCCCGUGCAUCACUCAUGCAGCAGCAGACGAGUCUUGCUCAAUCACUAAACUCGCGGCUGGCAGCCCUAGCAGUGAGCCUACCAACCGGGGACGACACCUUCUCUUGCCAAGUCCGACUCAACUAUCACCUCGUCCUCCUACAUUGCCACCGCACAAACCGAAAUCAGUACGCCGAUGAAGCCAAACGCUCGGAAGGGCUCAAAGUGCGCUCCGAGGCAGCAAGCGCCAUGCUCUCCAUCCUCGAAAUCAUGGAAGCGAAAGACUACAUCCGCCAAGCCCACUUCCCAAUCAUGACUGUUCUGAUGGCUGUCGUCGUGCAGUUUCUCGAAGACAUCAAGCUCGCGAUCGAAGCCAGUAGCAUCAUUUUAGCAUCCGGCGCGCACGCAAAGCUCGGGCGCGUUAUUUCCCCAGGAAAGGAAAUCACGAAGUACUGGCCGAAUGCAGAUGCGAUUCUGAAAAUGUGUCAGGGGCAGUGGGAGAAAUUCGGGGCUGUCAUACAGGGCUAUGUUAGUGAGUCGAGUCCGCACGAACCGAUGGGGUUUGGGACGGGUGGGCAGGGGGAUGGCGGGGAGGAGGGAUUCUGGAAAGACCUGUUCUCGGCGUAUAAUGAUGGUGGGAUCGAUUUUGGGGUUGGCGGAGCGGGCAUGGAGUACGGGUGGAUGACGACUGGGAGUAACUACAACCCGUUGAGCUGA